AGCGGGUGCCCCCCAGGGUGCCGGUUGCAAACCACACCCUUUGCAAGCCUCACCCUUCGGAGUCGCCGAAGGUGGCAGCCCUGGGUGGUGGUGUCGCUUGUCUUUCCUCCCGACGCCCCCUCCCCCCGCCCGUGGGCCGAAUGCUGUCGCUGCUGACCGUGGUGGCGCCGCUGGGGGCCACGCUGGGGGCCGGUCUACAUAUCUCGGAGCCGCGCGCGCCUGUGCUUCCGUCGGCUGCCUUCGGCGAGGAGGCCCCGUUCGGCGAGGAGGACCUGGCCGCGCAGGCCGCCGUCGACGAGCUCUUCGGCGCCCCGCGGGCCGCGGCGCCGCUCGCUCUGGGCGGCCGCCGGCCCGAAGGUUCGAUGAAGAGGGUGGCUGCGGGCGGAGCCGAGCUGCCGCUGGACGACACCCCGGGGAUGGCGGUGGAGGGCGCGGCCGAGGCGGCCGCUGGCGAGCCGGUGCCCGCGGAGGAGCGGCUCUCGCCAGACAAGUGGCCCGAGGCGGUGGGGACGAAGCCGCACCUGUGGCCGAAGCAGGAGGGCGCCGCCAGCAGCAGC